AUGACAGCACAACUUGCGAGGACAGCACGGCUUGUGAGGACAGCUCAACUUGAGAGGACAGCUCAACUUGAUAGGACAGCUCAACUUGAGAGGACAGCUCAUCUAGAGAGGACAGCUCAUCUAGAGAGGACAGCUCAACAUCAGAGGACAGCUCAACUUGAAGGAGAGGUCAACUUGAGAGGACAUCUCAACUUGAGAGGGCAGCUCAACUUGAGAGGGCAGCUCAACUUGAGAGGGCAGCUCAACUUGAGAGGGCAGCUCAACUUGAGAGGGCAGCUCAUUUUGAGAGGGCAGCUCAACUUGAGAGGGCAGCUCAACUUGAGUGUACAGCUCAACUUGAGAGGAAAUCUCAACCUGAGAGGACACCUCAACCUGAGAGGACAGCUCAACUUGAGAGGACAGCUCAACUUGAGAGGACAGCUCAUCUUGAGUGGACAGCUCAACUUGAAAGGACAGCACAACUUGAGAGGACAGCUCAACUUGAGAGGACAGCUCAACUUGAGAAGACAGCUCAACCUGAGAGGACAGCUUAACUUGAGAUGA